AUGUCAAAUAUAAUCCCGCGUCGCCGUUGGCCGAAACGUGGACCGCGGCCCGCCUCCUUUUUUCGGCCGCGGCCAAUCGGCUCUCCUCGCCUACGACCGCGGACGCCCGUGAUUGGCUCCGCGAACGCAGACCGCGGCGGCCCGCCUCCUCCUUACGACGCGCUUGCGGUUGGCCCAAAAGACGCAAUCGGCGAAAAGACCCACGCGCUCAAUCGACAAGCCGAAAAGUGUACAUCAGAAGCGAUGACCGGCCACCACGCUUUGCUGCCUAAACUGCGCUUGAGAGGUAGGAAAAACUGCCUUGCCGUCACCGCAGCUCCAACAGGCCAGCAGAUCCCCGGCCAGCUCACGGUGACCUUUGGGAAAUACAAAGGCAAGACCUUCAUGUGGCUUACGGAGGAAGAUGUCGGCUAUGUCAAGUAUCUCCUCGAUGGCCACGUGAAGGAGAGGCGACGACAGAAGGGAAGGUGCGACACCAAAACUGGGGAGUGGAGGCUGAAGGAGCAGCUUCUACGCUACGUGGAUAUGUUCCCUCCGGUGUCAUGCCACUUGGAGCAGAACAUCGACCGGGCCAUCUGCGGGCAUGGCCGCUUCUGGUCCUUCACGUUCGAGGAUAUGUGGCAGUUUUAUGACUUCUCCAAGCUCAUCCGUAACGAUCUCCAGGCCGAAAGCGCAGAAGAAUGGAAGAUGGCCCAGGAAGCCUUCUGCUUUGUGCGUCAGUGGCUACUGAUGACGGAGUAGGACAUCAAUGUCACGUUAAGAGAUUUCGAUUGUACAUCCUCACAAAGGAGGAGGAGCGAGCUAAAGGCAAAGUUGCACCAGCUACGCCCCUCACGUCAGCUUGUGCAUCAGCAUUAGCAGCAUUAUCAACAUGACCUGCUGUAGCAAAUACACCAUCAGCAGCAGCAGCAGUAGCAGCAGCACAACAAGCACCACCACCACAAGGUGAUGAUGAAGACUGGCAAUGUAAAAUACUACGCGCCUGGGCGCUUUGUGGCCAAUCCGCACAGGGUCACAAAAAAUAUUCCAAAAAAAACCAAACAAACAAAAACUACACGGUCAAGGCGUCCACGUCCAAAGGACUUUCUGGCAGGUCUUUUGAAAACUUUGUAAAUUUUAAGGAGGCGGUCAAUGACCUUGUAAAAUAAAACACAUUGAUAUGUA